UGAGACCCAAUAAUGGACCCGUUUCUAUUUGUACCCAAAAAAAACGAAACAAACUUAACGGCAAGUCUCCGUCUUCCUUAUUGCAACUCUCUCUCUCUCGAAAACUGAAAAGAAAACCCUAAUCUGUUCAGUAUGUCUGGAGAAGAAGAAGAAAAUGCUUCUGAGCUCAAAAUUGGAGAUGAGUUUUUGAAGGCCAAGUGCUUAAUGAACUGUGAAGUAGCAUUAAUUCUUGAACAUAAGUAUGAGCAGCUUCAGCAGAUGUCUAAUGAUCCAAUGAACCAGGUUUCUCAGGUAUUUGAGAAAUCACUGCAGUAUGUGAAGCGAUUUAGCCGCUAUAAAAAUCCUGAUGCUGUCCGACAAGUUCGAGAAAUUCUUAGCCGAUACCAGUUGGCUGAAUUCGAGCUGUGUGUCCUUGGCAAUCUUUGCCCUGAAACGGUGGAGGAAGCCAUUGCCAUGGUGCCUUCCAUCAAGACAAAAGGACGGGCUCAUGAUGAUGAGGCAAUUGAGAAAAUGUUGACUGACCUGUCAAUGAUCAAGAAAUUCGAAUAGCCACCUCAACAUCUUCUGGCCUUCUGAAUAGGAACUGUUAAUGCCAUUCUGAGUGUAGUUUUAGUAGCUACCAAAUUCUAAAAUCUGAUCAUGCCGAAUGAAUGAUUCCUACAAUGAUUGGCAUGGUCAUGGAAUCUAGUUCUGUAAUUCUGCUGAGUAACUGUGGCAACAUGAGAAAUUGUGCUA